UUGCCCAGGUCAUCGAGCACGUCAGCUGGUCUACCGAGACCAAGCUGCGCAAGAACGGUGGAUGGACCGAGUGGCACGACUCGUGUGCUGAACUGCACUGCGUCCAGGAUGCGGAUAGAUUGGAUGCGAUUGGGGCUUUCGGGAUCCUCCGAUGUGCCGCAUACAGCGCUGCGGUCAACAGGUAUGGGACCGAUCUCACCAUGUUCUUCCGCGCUGAUGCAGCGCCGAUUAGCCCGUUGCAUGUUCCAUCAGACGACUCUAAAUUAAAAGCAUCCGCUAUCCAACAUUUCCACGACAAACUCGUCCUGAUUAGGGACCGUCUCAAGACGGAGCCUGGGAAAAAACUGGGAGCGAAGAGGCAUAGCGUGAUCGUGGCCUUCAUCGAGUCGGUAGAAGAAGAGUAUCGUCCCGAGCUGGCAGAUUUGUGAGACGAUGCCAUGUGGAAUUUCUCCGACCAGUGAGCCACGAAUCUUUUUGGAUACCUUUCUCUUGUGGGGUCCAUCUAAUAUAGUCAGCAUUGAAUUUUGCCCUUGGCUUCCAAAUUUUCCGAACUCGAAACUGGGCUGAGAAGAGAGUGAAUCCGCCACCAGAGAACAUGUCAGAUGUGCACAUC